AUGAAGACUCAACAAUGGAUUAUUAGAGAUUAUGAUCCUUGCCCUUCCUCUUCAUAUCGACCUUGCAAUAAUAAUCAUACUUAUCAAUCUUAUGGUAUUAACGGACUGGGAAAUGUAUGGUGUAAUAGAGGAGGAGGUACUGCACCUGGUGGCUCUUUCUAUUAUUCAAACGCGGAUGGUUCUUAUUUUUAUCAAAAUUCUGACGGUUCAAGGUACUACAACAACGGAAACGGUUAUUCUCGAUACUAUCCACCUCCACAAAAUGGGCAAUAA